GAUGUGGAGGGAGGAGCAGACACUCCAUGCGUACUUCCAUAAAGGAAGGAAAAACGGUGCAGCUUCCCGAAACGUGUUAUCUCCAAAUUGAAACUACACAGAGAGACGUCAGAAAGCCAUCAUGUCUGACAAGAAGGCAGUGAUAAAAAAUGCAGAUAUGUCUGAUGAAAUGCAGCAGGAUGCAGUGGACUGUGCCAUGCAGGCAAUGGAGAAGUACAACAUUGAGAAGGACAUUGCUGCCUAUGUCAAAAAGGAGUUUGACAAGAAAUACAACCCCACGUGGCAUUGCAUUGUCGGGAGGAACUUUGGCAGCUAUGUGACACAUGAGACGAAGCAUUUUAUCUACUUCUACCUGGGUCAAGUGGCUAUUCUGCUGUUCAAGUCAGGCUGAAACAUCCUCCUGUGCCACACUGUACAUCUGCUACCACCUUUCUGCAGACAUGUCUACCUCCCAGGUUACCUGCUUUCUCCAGUUACUUUGUGCCACCUGCAACACCACUAGCUCUGGUGGACAGUGUUUUAGUCACGUCUGGAUUGGUGAGCCAUCCUUAAUAGAAAUUGCCAGUAUAAAACUGAUAGCUGCGCUUGGUCAGCAUUCAUACGUCUGACAGAUUUAGUUGUGGCUCAUAAUUUUGCUGCAUACUAAUAUGCAGACCUGUCAGUUAUUUCACAUAUGUUGUAAACCUAUUUUUCAUUGAAUUAAGAGAGGUAGUGUUUUUUGUUGAAAUGCCUUUACUUUCCAGUGACAACUGAUGGGCUGAAUGCUAAGAGUGUUGCUUCUCAAUAAAAGAUUCACAUGCUGAGAUUUUAGGUUUGUAUGUGUUUGAACAUUCCUAUUUAUACUUGAGUUGUCAACGGUGACAUACAGUGAGGUUCGUGGCUGGUGAGGCACUGGCUCCUUUCAAGUCCGAUUUUAUAAUCAUAAGAAGUCAAUAUCUAUUCAACUUGCAGCAUAUUUGCCACUGGAAAUGUUUCAUAUCUCAUCAGCAUUCCUUGCGCGCGCACAUACACACACACAGGAACAUAUUUGGCCUAGGAAGGUGUUUUUUUUUUGUUUUGUUUUUUUUAUA